AUGUUGGCUUUUGAGAAUAGUAAACGGCCUGCUCAAAAUAUUGGGAAAGUGGUAGAGUCUAAGAAACGGAAAGUAGAGUUUGCUGAUGAGGUUGUGUUUCAGUCACCAAGUUGUGAGGAGAGUGAUGAUCAAAAAGUAGCACAGACCAUGUACCGUAGAUUUGUUUUGUCUGCUCUGGAGGAUCUUGAAAAGAAUGAUUCAACUCAAGUUGAUAUUAUUGCCAGCAAGGUCAACUUGCCUUCAAAAAGUUCAGACAGAGUUAACCUUGAUAAUUUUAAAAUUUUAUUAGAAGUAUUAUCUGAUAAUAUUAGUAGAAUUGAUAACUCUAAAGGAUCAAAUUUAAUUCAAUCAAUAAUUAAUUUUGAAAAGUGGUGGGAGUUACCUGAACCAAUUCUAGGUAAAUAUAUAUUCUUUAUUAAAAUUUUAUGUUCAAGUUUACCAAGAUGGUGGCAGGAUGUUUCAAUGGUGAUAAUUGUAUGUUUUAACCUAUCCCCAGAAAAGACAUCAUACCACCAUGAAAUGCUAAUGUAUUUCUUAAGAAUGAUACCCUCUUCUGUAAGUUUCAUAGAUUCUUAUUUGUCAAGAUUUUUCCCAAAUAAGAAUGAUACCCGUAAAAAUUUAGUGAAUUACAUCUCAAAUAUUUUAACGCUCACAAGUUAUUGUAAAGAGUUGAGAUUUCAAGCAUGGUCUCUGUUGAUUGAAAGGGUCAUUUCAUUGGAUGUAGAACUUCAAAAUGAACUAGAUGAAUUAGACGAUGAUAUAGAAGAAGAUUUUGAAGAAGAAAGUGAUGAUAGUGGUGAAGAAAGCGAGCAUGAGGAUGAAAUAGGUAAUGACGAAAGUGAUGAUGAAACAGAAAAUAAAUACGUGGGCAUCGAAGCUUCUGUCGAGGUUUAUGAAGAUGAAGAUGAACAAGAAGGUGAUGAAGAAUACAAUGUUGAAGUUUCUCAAAGCAUCAAAGAGUUAACUUCAAAAUUGGAUGCUAUCUUAACUUUGAUUAGCAGUCGUUUAACUGAAGAACUAACACCAGAAAGUAUAGAAUCAGGUGAUGGUGUUAAUAUUUUUAAUACAUUAACAACUUUGUUUAAAAGUCAUAUCUUACCAACAUACUACACUAGAUCUAUUCAGUACAUCAUGUUUCACAUUUCACAACAACAAACAGAGUUAAUGGAUUCAUUCCUAGUGACCCUAAUAGACAUUGCAUUUUCUCCAAAUGAGACAUCCGAAAAGAAGGUUAAAUCAUUACAAUAUUUAGGUUCCUACAUUGCUCGUGCCAAACAUUUAUCAAGGACUCAAAUUGUGUUUGUCGCAAGCUAUUUAACAUCAUGGUUAAAUCGUUAUCUUCUAGAAAGAGAAGAUGAAGUUGAUCAACCUGGUGGUAUGGAAAGAUUCAAGCAUUUCUACGCAGCUUUCCAGUCAUUAUGUUAUAUGUUCUGUUUCAGGCAUAACGUAUUCAAAGAUGUCGAUGGUAAGUGGGAGUGCGAAUUGGAUAAAUUUUUCCAAAGGAUGGUUAUCUCUAAAUUCAAUCCACUCAAAUAUUGUAAUGAGAAUGUUAUGAUGAUGUUUGCGAGAAUAACACAACAUGAAGGUAUUGCCUAUUGUUUUGGUAUAAUUGAAACUAACAAUAACGAAAGACUUAGAGGUAUUAUUGGCAGGUCAGCUUCAGAUAAAGAAGCUUCUGGAAGUCAAUCAAUUUCUCAAGCUUCUACAUGGUCUUUGAUUACAAGACAACAAUUCAUCGAUUUACAGAGUUAUUUCCCAUUUGAUCCAUUAUUAUUAAAAAAUUAUAAAUCAUUAAUGAAGGAAUAUUAUAUAGAAUGGAGUGAAGCAAGUGGUGAAUACGAGAGUGAUGAAUCCGAUGAUUAA